AUGCUUCAGCAUCAGCGAGGAGGUCUUGAUGCCACGGAGGAAAGCGGUAGCGAGCCGAGUCGUGAGAUCGAAUUAGGACCAGGAGAUCUGCACCUAUGGACCCCGCCAUGGAGACGCGUACCCGUCGGCUUGCGAGAAGAAGCUGCAACGGAAGACCUAGAGCGAGAGUUGGAGGAUCCAAUCCGAAUACGGGUGAAUGAAGAAGCGAUAGAGGCUCGUCGUGAAGAGUUCGAGAAUAUCGUUGACGACGAUGUAGACCUAGAGUACAGGACGCACACGGAAAGACGUGCGGCCGAGCUUGAGGCUUACGCAGACACCAGACCAAGUACGGCCAACAUCUUUGUCAGGACUAACGCGGAGGGAGGUCAAAUCGACGAAGAUAGGUUUCGCAGAAUCCAGACAGCGUCAGGAGUCUUCCUUGCCGCGCUGGAAUCCUCCCACGACUGGCUUACGUCGUACGACUGCUUAGGGUUGGUGAAGAUUUGUGGUAUUCCGGAGCACUUCGAGACCAGUGCUGUCCGCGAUGAAGAUCGUUUCUAUGAUUCGCCUGACGAAGACGAGGAUUUCGAUGCGCCGUUUGACCCGCCCAGUGAUGAGAUGGAAGGCGGUAACGAUGGGGAACAUGAAGAGGGUGUUGAGUCAGCGAAUGACGGUGCUAAUGAUGAUCUCGAAGACGACGGAGGCGAUGAUCUGCCCGUUGAUGGAGAUGGCGAAGCCCCUCACGCCACAGCCAUGAGCGGAGAGGAGCCUGAUGAUACCGGUCGGCAGCUGAGAAACGGGAAACAGCUAAGCAGCUCACCGAUGCCAAAGGCGAAGCGGGUGAAAAGAAAGACAGGUGGUGCUCAAGCUAACACAGUGAGUAAGGGCGCCGGCAAUGAUGCAGGGCCAGCGAAUGUUCCAAAGAAGAAAGGCGCGAGCAAGCCUGUUCCUGGGAACGGUACCAAGGGGUCAACAGAGGACGAAAGCCGGGAAAGGGUCACAGCUAGCAUCGACUAUCCAUACAACAAGCGGGAGUUCUGUCUUCCGAAGAAAACUCGUUGGGUCGAGGACGGCCGGCUACUGUCAACGGUGUGGGCGGAGGCAACAGAUGGUAGACGAGAGAGACAUGUCGGCAUGAUUAAAAGACCCUACUCUCCAGUGAACUCACCUCCUCAUUCACCUAUCGACCCAGAUGUAGUGGACAUGUCCACGAUACCUGACGGGAACGGUCUUCCAAACGAACCCAAGCUACGCAGGUGUGGGCAUGGCAACACGACGUGUCGUGCAUGGUGGACGCACGCGACAGAUGAAUGUUGGGCACUUCAUGAAGAGCCAACUUCAUUGCCAACAUCCCGCAUGGACAUCGACGCACCAGUCAUGCUCGACGUCCCCGAAGGAAGUCGUAAGACAUAUCAUGGCCGGCUACAUGACCACUAUGGUCGGAGGAUUCGAGGUAAAGCGACAUGGCCCCGAAUAGGUAUCAGAGUGCCGUACGAGCCCACUACUCUCACCACCCCCGCUGAAAGUGUUAAGCACAUGAAUGCGCCUCUCCAAGGAUGGCGUUCUCUUGCGGUGCCAGUCAUAGAAAAGGCGCUGCAUAAGAAGAACCAGUGGAAAUCGGACCCAGACCCAACGGACAGCGGCGACGAGUACGACGAAGGCGACGAGGGUGAAUCCGACGACGAAGAUGAUCUUUUCCGCAUGUCGUACGAGCAAGGUUCCUUUCCAAAUGGCCGGCCUGCGCCUGUUGUACCACCGACGAUGGCCCCGGGAACCACCAACCCAGACGAUACAGCCCCAGCAAGUGCUGCUACUGAAGCUAUCGCGCCUGCAGAGGAUGACGAAGUGGGUGAUGAUGCGGAGGAUCUGUAG